CAUACACACACACACUCACACACAAAUAUAAUACAUACGUAUAUAUAUAUAUAUAUAUAUAUAUAUAUAUUCAUCCAUCCAUCCAUAUAUAUAUAUAAACUUACAUAUAUACAUAUAUAGCACACAUUCACUCACAUACAUUCCUAAAGACUAUUUACAACAACAUGGUGGCAACAUUCUUGCCUUUUCAUGGUGCAGAGAAAGAGAGAGGGUGAGAGAAAACAGAAAACUAAAAGAUUACACUUCUACAAAUUGAAAAACAGAAGAUUGAACAAUCGUAAUAUUGCAAUAAGUUAUGGUCCAGAGACGUAAGCUGUUUUUGUCAACUUAAAAAUAUUGGAAGUGUUCCACUGCUUUCUUACAUCAUUAAAUUAUGGUAAGACUAUUGACCACUUUACUUUCUAUAUGGGCCAGCAAUGAGCUGAGGGAACCUCUUCACGGUCACUUAAUCUGCUAGAAAUAACAGCAAUUCUCUUCCAAAUCACUCCUUGCUAUCUUCAAAGGAUAUGUUGGGUAAGGUUAUGUGGCUCUGGGAUUCCUGCACAUAGGAAAACAGAGACGGGAUGGUCAAAGCUGGUAUACUUUUGAUCAUAAGUCUGCUCAGUCAGGAUUUUAUUUGCAACAACAAAUUGGUGAGGGAGCCACUGCAUGGUCACUCGACCUGGUAGAAAUAGCAGCCAAAUCUCCCUCAAAUCACACUGCAGGGUCUUUAAAAAAGAAGAAAAGACACGUUGGAUAUUGUGGUCUUUGGUACACUGUCUGAAAUACUAAAAAGGCAAGAUGGUCAUUGUGAGAUUGCCAUUUGAUCAUCGGUCUGCUUGAUCAAAGCUGACCUGGGGCUAAACUACUACCGUAACUAAAUUUCAUACUUUGCUCUGUUACACUAAAUUAUGUUAUGAGUCAAGGAGGAAGUCUCUUCAUAGUCACAAAGUUUGCUAAAAAUAGCAGCCAAAUCACUUAACCUUAACUCACACUACCUUCUCCAUGAAGGGAAAAUGUUGAUAAGGUAGUUAGAAUGUGUGCCCAAGAAAAAGUCCAGGAUGGUCAUGGCUGGAAUGGUUUUGAUCUUCAUAGUUCUCUCUCUCUCUAAAUGAAUACUCGCUUAGAGUUAAACAACAAGUGAAUUACAUUACAUCAUCAAAUCUAUCAGAUCACAAUAUUUCAACCAUCUCAAUUUAAUAUAACUAUUUACAAAGAAAAAAAAAAGACAGCAACAACAAAAAGACAAGAGAAAAAUUAGACCUGUAUGUGGUUGUUUGUUUUGCUGGAAAUAGCACCCAAAUUGUCCUCAAAUUAAAUCUUACCAUCACAGAAAAAAAAUAGUGACAUUGGAACAUACAAUGUAGUUCAGAGUACAUAAAAUCUGGAAAGAAAACUUUGCCUGUGGUUAAACAAUAACUACAACAACAGCGACAACUUUAAGAAUAACAUCAACACCCAGCAAAAGUAGAAAGAGAGAGGCCUUUAAUGAAACUGCAACAAUGGGAUUAAAGACAGUUGAAACUUUGUCCCUCCCAACCAUCCAAGGUCCUUGUACAAUUGAGCUUCUUCUGGGAGACAUCACAAGUCUUGAGAUGAAAGACAAAGUUGAUUUGCUCAUCGUGUCAGCUUUCCCUAAUAAUUACAGUGCUGCAAGUAAAACUUUAAUCCAUGCACUGGACAAAAAUCUAAAUGUUGAUGUUUCUAGGCUUGCUGCAGAUAAAGAAUUAGAUUUAAGGAAAUAUUUUUCUUGUUGGUUAUCCAAACCAUUACCAGAAGAUAUGCCUUUUUCAAGACUUGCAUGUUUUGAAAGAAACCUAGGAAGUAGUAUUCACGAUCAAAUCGGAGAUAUGUUUCGAGGUUUUAUGCCAAUAUUCAAUUCUCAAGACACGACAGUAAUAACUCCUUUACUUGGCACUGGAAACCAAGGCUUUGGUUAUAUUCCAGUUCUUAACACAAUGGUUGAGUCAGCUUGUAACUGGAUGAAAAUUGGUCUUCCUUUGAAAUGCCUCAAGAUUGUACUUCACACUAGUGAUAUAAAUGAAAUUAGCAAUUCCAAUAAAAAGUGUCUUGAGAGGUUUAAAGUGCUGAAGAAAACCUGGGAAAAAUCUACCCUUUCAAAGAUUUCCAAAAAAAAUCAUGGGAACGAUGUGUAUAUUUCCUACUGCAAUACAGAUUCUAAGAAGGCAAAUUUGUUAAAAGCUUCAUUGGAAAAGAAUAAUCCAAACAUAAGUAUUUUCAAUAAAAGGAUAAAAGUUGACCAAGAUGUUUGGCCCGAAAAAGUAUACUCUUGUAUGUUUGGAUGCAAGUGCAUUGUUAUAAUUUUAACCACAUCCUACUUAAGUUCCAAGUUCUGCCAAGAUGAAUUCAAUAUGGCUCUCUGCUAUAGACGACAAGCUGAAGAUGUUAUUUUGGUUCCCCUGUAUACUGAGACAAUGGAAAAUCUACCCCCAGUUAUAAGUAACAUACAAUAUAUGGAUUGUCGAUUAAAUGAAAAUGAAAAUAUCAAAGAAAAGUUUAAAAGUGUUUCUGUGGAUAUCAAUAAGAAGCUACUUCCGCCAUUACUUAGUCCCACAACUGCUCAAGCACAAACAUCUAAGAAAACAACGUAUGAUAUUUUUGUGUCUUACCCUACAAAAAACACAGAAGAAAUGAAAAUAGUGUAUGAAAUUUUGACUGAACACAAUAGUGACUUGAAGAUAUUUUACGAUAAAAUGGAAUUAGAAACAGGUAGUGAUUGGCAGCAAUCCAUCUACAAAGCUUUGGAAUGUUCUAAAUGUUGUGUCAUCCUCAUUGCACCAGCAUACUUUGAAUCUCUUAUGUGUCAAGAAGAAUUCAGUAUUGCCAUUGCUUUGAGUAUCUCUGAAGAAAGCACAAAUCCUAUGGUUUUGGUACCUGUCUGCAUUGCUGAUGUGCCGUCAACACCUCAGUGGUUUGGUCCUCUACAUAUGAUAGAUGCCCGGGGAGAUUGUUUGGUUCCUGUUCUGAGCUGCUUAUCACCUCUUCUAAAUAAAUGCUACAAAAACCAAACUUUGCAACAUGAAUUUAGUUGGAUGAUGAGUAAAAGCAAAUUGAACAAUGAAAAUAUUUCUCUCUUGGAUCAAUUAUCACUUCUUAGACAAAUACAACUUGAAGAUAAUUACGAACUCAAGGGAAAAAAGAUAACUGCUAAAGUGAAUUAUGAUAUUUAUAAAAACCCAUGCAAAAUACUCUUUUGUUUUGCACCCCAAGAUAUGAAAUUUGCUGCCAUUUUGAUUUCAAUUCUUCAAGAUCUUUUCUCAGAGAUGCAAGUCCUUCUCUUCAGCACAUCAAUUCAUGACAGAUUGGCUUUACUUGAAGAAGCAGAUGUAAUUGUAAUGUUUGUGUGUGAUGAUUAUUUUGAAUCUUCAAAAUCUCUUGAGGAACUAAACAUAGCUUUCAAUCGCCAACGGAAAUCGAAACAGAAACUUUUGCAUUUUGUCUGUACUGAAAAAAUACCAACAUUCCUUACAUAUUUUCAAAUUUUACCAUAUAAUGUAGUGUUUAGUGACAGCUGCUGGCAAACAAAGAGGGGUAAAUUUGUAAAUACAAAGGGUAUGGUUACUGUCACCGUUUCAGAAAUAUGUGGAAAAUAUUCAUAUGAAAUUCCUGAAUAUAUGGCUUUGCAGAAAUUAGCUUUAGAUAUUAUUUCUUCAGUUUCAACAGACUCUUCAGAUAAUAAGGAAAAUCUUGUUAAUCUUUUCAACAUACGACCAGAAGAGACUCAAGUUUUGUCUUUAGAAGAAUGUAUUGUAACAUGGCAGAAAGAAAAAAGUGAUGAUGAUGAUGAUGUUGAUGAGAAAGAAAAUAAGAAAGAAGAAGAGAGAGAAGAUGAAAAAGAAGAAAAUAAGAAUGGGAAAGAAGUAAAUAAGGAAGGGGAAGAAGAUGAAAAAGAAGAAAAAGAAAAAAAUAAGAAUGGGAAGGAAGUAAAUAAGGAAGGGGAAGAAGAUGAAAAAGAAGAAAAAGAAAAAAAUAAGAAUGGGAAAGAAGUAAAUAAGGAAGGGGAAGAAGAUGAAAAAGAAGAAACUAAGAAUAGGAAAAAAGAAGAAAAUGUACAAGUAAAAGAAGAAAAUACCCAAAUUAAAAUAACCUUGGUGGAGGAAAACUUAGAAAGCAGGAACAGAAAAUUAGAAGAAGACAGUACUGGAAUAAAUGAUAAUAGUGGAAUGGAUUGUAAUAGUUCAGUUAGUGUGUGCUGUGUAAAAAGGUUUUCUAAUGGAAUGACAAACCCAAACUCUGAGGCAGGCAACAAGAGUUCCACUACAACAAUGGAUGACAUGGCACUCAAGAUUUCUGUAGAUGAUGAAGACACAGAAAAUAUUUUAAAUGAGGAAGCAAGAAAUGAGCUUAGCGCAGAAAAUUUACCAAAUGAAAAUGAGAAUGAAAAUAAUGAACUUAAUGAUGGAAUAAUACCAGAGACUGAAAGUAUUCCUGUUCAAGAUGUUAAAAGUUCUAAAGAUGUAAAUAAUUCCUCAUCAUCAAACACAAAUAAAGAUGAAAAUCCCUGUGAUAAUAAAGCAACGCCUAUACAUCGCAAAUCAAAACAUAUAUGUAUAAUUCUCUAAAAGGGAAAUAUUUUGCAAAAAAAAAAAAAAAAAAAAAAAAAAAAAAAAAAAAAAUGAAAAAACCUUCCAAAUUUUUGUUAAAUCACAAAAUGAAAAUCUAAUUAAAUAAUUUUCCCACUAAGAAGUAUUUGUAAUUAUGUAUAAAGUCAUUUUCAAAUUGAUUAAAA